CCUGCCUCUACUUCUCGCCUCUCUUUCUCUAUAAUCAUCUCAUCCUUUGAUCUCCAACAACCAUAUAUCAUCAAUGACUGAUCGUUCACAGCCACACCAGGUUCAGGUGCACCCACAGCUCCGAUAUGAUCCUGGCUACAAGGGUCAACAGAAGGGUCCUUCAGCCUCUAAAGUGCUGGCGGUCGUCACCCUUCUCCCCGUCGGCGGCGGGCUUCUUGCCCUUGCGGGUUUAACCCUAGUUGGUACACUCAUCGGCCUAGCAAUUACAACCCCACUUUUUUUCAUCUUCAGCCCAGUUCUUGUUCCGGCUGCUUUUGUCCUUGGGCUUGCAGUGGUGGCGGUUCUAGCUUCUGGGGCAUUUGGGCUGACGGGGCUGACAUCGCUGUCGUGGGUGUUGCAGUACCUCCGUCAGGUCACGCAGGCCAUUCCGGAGCAGCUAGACCAGGCAAAGAAGCGCAUGCAGGAUAUGGCUGGCUAUGGAGGACAGAAGACUAAAGAAGUGGGACAAGAAAUCCAGAAGAAAGGCGCAUGAGGGGAAAUGAUGAACAAGAACACGUAUCCCCCUUAAGCUUCAAAUUAGACGAGCUGUAGUCGUAUGUGUUGGUAAUUAAGAGGUUAAUUAUGAGGCAGAUGAGUUUGGUUCAAGGGCCCUUUUGUUGGGCUUGUGUUUUUGUUCUUUGCUUGUGGAGUCCAAAAGUAGAAUUUCUACGUAUUAUCAUCUUGUAUGUUUCAUCUACUGUGCUUCGUCUGUCCUCUCUCCUGCUCUCAUGCAGAAGCUGAUGAAAGCUUUUCAUAUUAUGACAAUUCAAGAAUAAUAAUAAAUUAAAAAUGUUAAUUAUCUCUUAA